AUGAAUACAUCACCAAGAGUACGACGACUUAUCAAACGUACUGUCUUAUGCAUUUUUAUACUAUGGGUAUUAGGCGUAUUUUCGGGUUUUGUCGCGAUGUUCUUUCCACGAAGUGACGAAACUGAUACCACGUUGGUUGGUUUCACCGACGAAACAACUUCGGCUACUACCACUCUCAACUAUGAAACAAAUUUCGCGAGCAAUGGUUCAUUAGAGAUCACUGAUCUGUCAGGACUAGCUGAUCAAAUUGCAAAAAUGUACAAACUGUCCCGUAACAUGAUACGAGUACUUUCAGCUCGAUUCGUACAAAGUCUCAUACUGACCAGAAGAAAACGACAAAGCGCAUCGGGUACUAAUGCCACAAAUCCACAAUCGAAAACCGUACUGGCUAUUGAAACAGAAUUUAUCUAUCCGCAGUCAUGCAGUCAAAUGAAAGCGUGUAAAGAUCGCUAUAUAGGUGGUAUUGAAAAAACUAUUCAGAGAACUGACUCGGCGGUAACUUUUGCGAUAUCACUUAACAACGGUUUAAGUCUGAAUCUUGGUGCCACUUUUUCCACGAUGGAUAUAACAAUACUGACUACAACAACAACAACAACAACAACUACUACAAUUACAAUAACCACAACUGUGACAGAAACAACAACUACCACUGAAACUACAAGCACAACAGCGACAACAAUCACCUCGAACGCCAACACACCGACGGAGCAAGCUGCGAGCACUUCAGAGACAAAACCCAUCACUGAAUAUACCAGCUCAGCAGAGCAAAUAGCAUCGACAGAAACGACCACAGAAAGAACACCGAUAAAGACUACCACUUCAACUACAGAAACUAUGACGACAACAAUUACAACAACAAACGAACCAAGUACUACUACCACAGAAACCGAUACUACUACUACUAUUACCCUAGGCACUACUAUGAGUGUUACUACUACAACUACACAAAAGCCAACAACGGAAACUACUUCCACAGAUACCACUACUACCACUGAGUCAAAAACUAUAUCGACAGAAACUACUACCACAGAUUCUACUACUACAACUGAAACACCAACAGCGACAGAAACUACGACUACCACUACAGAAACAACAACUAACACAAGCACCACUACAACGAUUACCACAGAUGGCACUACUAGUACGGCUACCACAGAUGGCACUACUAGUACGGCUACCACAGAUGGCACUACUAGUACGGCUACCAUAAAUGCUACUACUAGUACAGACACUGCUACUACAAGUGAAACAAUAACAACGGAAACUGCUUCCACAGAUACCACUACUAGGGUCACAGCUUUUAUUAGUACUACCACUACAGAUGCUACUACUUCCGAAACUAUUACUGCAGAUACUACCACCACUACGACUACAGUACAUACGACUACCACAGACGCCACUACUACGACUACUACCGCAGCAGAAACAACGACAACAUGGUCUGCCUCGACAUCAUCACCAACGGAAACUACUACAACAGCUACUCCAACUGCCACUACCACCGACCCUACUACUAAUACCACAGACGCUACAAUUGCGACCACCACAGAUGCUACAAGUACUACAACAGAAGCUACAACUACAACUACGACCACCACUGAUGCCACAACUACUACAACUACGACCACCACUGAUGCUACAACUACUACAACUACGACCACCACUGAUGCUACAACUACUACAACAGAAGCUACAACUACAACUACGACCACCACUGAUGCUACAACUACUACAACAGAAGCUACAACUACGACGUCAACGACGACAGAAACAACUACGACCACCACUGAUACUACAACUACUACAACAGAGACUACAACUACUACAGGGAUGACUUCGACGUCAACCACAACAUCAACCACAACAGACACUACAACUACUACAACAGAGACUACAACUACGACCACCACUGCUGCUACAACUACUACAACAGAAGCUACAACUACUACAACAGAGACUACAACUACUACAGUGACGACUUCGACGUCAACCACAACAGAGACAACUACUACAACAGAUACUACAACUACUACAGUGACGACUUCGACGUCAACCACAA